AUGGCCCUCAAUACUUCCCGAUCAGCUGCGAGCUUCUCUCGCCAAGCUCUACGCCACUGCAGAAGCCGACCUGCCGGCCACCUAUCCCGACCCAUCGCCUCGACAUGCUCGUUCGCGACAUCAGCGACCCGAUCUUCAGAGCAGGCCGCUGAGAUCCCACGAUGGAUGCAGACCCCUGAGCGCAUGAAGGCACCCUUCUCGCCGCACAUAACAAAGGACCCUGCACGCUCGAGGUGGAAGGUCAACGAAGAUGCCCAGAAGCUCGACGAUGCGUUGAAUAACUUCCUUGGGCGCGACGGCGAGAGGAUGCUCCCAGACGAGCUGAAGUGGCUUGGCGUGACACACAAGAGCUUCGACCAAGGGAGGAGAGGGUUCAAUGAUCGUCUGGCUUUCCUUGGUCGACAAAUAUGUGCCAUGGAAGCCACACAAUCUAUUAUCACCUCCCCGGCGGACUAUGCUCAACCGGAGAACGAUCCAUACGCAGACCGACGACAACCAUACGAAGAUCCCGCCCUCCGGAGUCUUGACAACCUCACCAAUAACCAGCCUAAUGAUCUUUUUACCCUGGACAAGCUGACCAAAAUCGCCUUGGAUACUGGCCUGACCGAGGUCGUCCGGUGGAAACCUCGCAUGCCCGAAAACAUCAAAGGUUCCGGAUUCAACGUCAUCAUGUCGGGUGCCAUAUACGCCCUCGUCGGAGCCGUUGCUCUGCAGAACGGUGGCAAAGUCGCGAGCCGAGUCGUACGCGAAAGAAUAAUGAAGAAGAUACGGCCAAAGACAGUCGCGCAUUGA